GUUGCUCUUGACAGCAAAGCAGAGUGGCACUCACGCUCACCCCGCCCGCACGUGCUACUGUUUGUAAACAAACGAUAGCGAUUAUCAAAAGGUGGUUCGAUUCUCGUGUGUGCGCAUAAUUUUGUGGGUUUUUGAUUGAAAAACUUGGAUUUUAUCUUAUUUGGUGCUAUCAAUCAAGUGGCACAGUUAAUUGCAGUUAUGGGAAAACGACGAUUUAACGAAAAAGGUCGCCAGCAGGUCGAAACAGUCAUAGAUGAUACCAGCACAAAACAGAUAAAAUUAGACUUCGAUGCCUCGGGAGAUGAUGGAUACGGUGGGCCGGACAACGCCAACAUGUUGGUUCUGCCGUCGAAAAAACGGCCGACCAAAAUCAAACAGGAUAAAGCCACUGUGACGAAGAUACUGUCCAAGAAGCAGCGAAAGCGAUUGGAGAAGAUUGUCGAUCAGAAACGCAAGAAGGAAAACCGUUCGUCGUUGAUCAGUGCACUAGCUGAAGUGCAAGCCUCGUCGGAAGAUUUGAAAAGCUACACAAAAUUGAGUGCCGUUCAGACGAAGGGGUUGAAACAGUUGUUCCGGGAGCAGAAGCAUGGUGUAGUCGUGGAGCAAUCCAAGGAAGUUGUGGAUUCAGAGAGUGGUAGUAAGAAGCUGAAGAGUUUAGUUGGAAUGCGGAAGCAGCGACUGGCGUUGUUACGAGCACAGAAAGGAAGUAAAGAUAGUGAUGAUGAGGGUAUGGAAGCUGAAAAAGAUUUGAACACUAUCGGGCUGGAGGAUGAGAGUUCAUCGUCCGAGGAAGAGUCUGAUUUAGAAGACGACGAAGAAGUUCCAAUGAAUGAGGAAGCACAGGAGUGCGACGAUGCAGAGGAAAGGGAAGUUUCUAUUGCUGAAUCUGUGCCGCCUCCAACUACCGAAACUCCGAUGAAGACUGAAACUUCAACAGAAUCGGUCCAAACCAAAGCGAAACUCAAGGAAACAAUCGUAGACCGGAAGCCGGCAACCUACGUUCACGUUGAACGUGAUCCAAAAAUACAAGCAGCGCGUUUGAAGCUUCCCAUCCUGGCCGAGGAGCAAAUCAUCAUGGAAACGAUUAGUGAAAACUCAAUUGUAAUCUUGGCCGGAGAGACUGGAAGUGGCAAAACUACCCAGGUGCCUCAGUUCCUGUACGAAGCAGGCUAUGCCAAUCCGGACCGGGGUCUAAUUGCUAUAACCGAACCUCGGCGUGUCGCUGCUAUCUCCAUGUCCAAGAGAGUGGCUACAGAAAUGAACCUUCCGACGGAUGUGGUUUCCUAUCUGAUUCGGUUCGAGGGCAAUGUAUCCGAUCGCACCAGGAUCAAAUUCGUAACGGAUGGCGUCCUACUUAAAGAGAUCGAAAAUGAUUUCCUCCUGUCGCAUUACUCGGUAAUAAUCCUUGACGAAGCGCACGAACGGAGCGUCUACACGGACAUUCUAGUCGGGCUACUCUCCCGGAUUGUGAUCCUCCGUGUCAAGAAAAACAAACCCCUGAAGCUGAUCAUCAUGUCCGCCACGAUGCGAGUAAAAGACUUCACCGAAAACCGCACACUCUUCGGCAAAAUCCCUCCGGUUAUCAACGUGGAAUCUCGUCAGUUUCCGGUAACCGUCCACUUUAGCAAAAAGACACCGGCGGACUACGUCCGGGAAGCCUACUUGAAAACGGUAAAAAUCCACACCAAACUGCCUGAGGGAGGAAUGCUCGUGUUCCUCACCGGCCAAAAAGAGGUCAACUAUGUGGUUCGGAAGCUACGUAAGGCGUUUCCUUUCAAAGGGGAAACCAAUCGGGCGGUGCCGAAGGUGAAAGACUCCGAUGAAUCGUCGCCCGUCGCCGGCGAAGCUUCCGAUGAUGACGAAGAACAGCUGAAACAGAUGGUCAAUCCGAAGAAGGCUGCCAAGUUGGAGAAGAAGAAAAAGAAGGUCAAACAGCAGCAAGCAGAAACGGUACGCGUAGACCUGCCGAAGAUAAAUCUGGACAACUACCAGCUCCCUUGGGAUGACGCCGAAGCGGAUCAACGAGAGGACGAUGAAGACGCUGAGCUCAAUGACAACAGCGACGGCGAACUGACCGACUUGGAAUCUGAUUUCGACGAGGACUUGAACACCUCGGAACUGAACAAAAGUCAACCAUUGUGGGUGCUGCCCCUGUACUCCAUACUAUCCUCAGAAAAGCAGCAAAAGGUUUUCGAGGAACCUCCAGAGGGAACGCGUCUCUGUGUCGUGGCAACAAACGUAGCUGAGACUUCCCUUACCAUUCCUGGGAUCAAGUACGUGGUGGACUGCGGAAGACAAAAGACCAAACUAUACGAUAAGGUGACCGGGGUGACGGCCUUUGUGGUAACGUACAUAAGCAAGGCGUCGGCCAACCAGCGAGCUGGCCGAGCUGGUAGAGUAGCUCCCGGUCACUGCUAUCGACUGUAUUCUAGUGCCGUGUUCAACGAUGAAUUCGUAGAAUUCUCACAGCCGGAGAUUCAGAAGAAACCAGUGGAUGAUUUGAUGCUACAGAUGAAGUGCAUGGGAAUCGAUAAGGUUGUCAAUUUCCCAUUCCCGUCUCCACCGGAUCGUACCCAAUUGGAAGUGGCUGAGAAGCGAUUGAUCAUGAUGGACGCUCUGCAGGAGAGUAUCGUGAAUAAUAAGAACAAGUCACAGACUCUUAGUCGGAUAACUAAGCUCGGCCGAACAAUUGCCGCGUUUCCUGUUGCACCACGGUUUGGUAAAAUGUUGGCUCUCAGUCAUCAGCAUGGUCUCCUUCCGUACGCGAUAUGUAUGGUGGCUGCCCUGUCGGUGCAGGAGAUAUUCCAGGAAGUGUCCUUAUCAGAGGAUUCGACCGAUCAUCAAAAGUGGCGAACGAAGAGGAAAGCCUGGGCUGGAACUGGACAUUCCCUUUUGCUCGGGGAUCCUAUGAUUCUGCUUAGGGCCGUUGGCGCAGCGGAGUUCGCCAACAGUAAAGGCCGACUUGCGGAGUACUGCGAAGAAAACGGCAUCCGAUUAAAGGCCGUCAAGGAAAUCCGCAAGCUACGGGUACAACUGACGAACGAAGUUAAUGCUAACCUCAAGGAUCUGAACCUUACAGUUGAUCCGGCCAUGCCACCUCCCAGUGACACCCAAGCGAAACUGCUGCGUCAGCUGAUUUUGAUCGGUAUGGCUGACCAAAUUGCUCACAAGAUCCCAGAGUCAGAAAUUAAGCUCAAGGCCGAUCGGAUCAAGUUCAAGCACGGCUACAAUCUGCCGAACAUGGAGGAUCCUGUAUUUAUGCAUUCGAGUUCGGUUCUGCGCAAACGGGAUCCAGAAUGGGUGUGCUAUCAAGAGGCGUACGAAACGGUGGAGGGCGACAAGGCCAAAAUGUUUAUCCGAGGCAUCACGGCCAUCGAACCAGAAUGGUUGGUUCAGCUGAUACCCAAGUACUGCAACAUCGUGAAGGUGUUAGAUGAACCGGAACCGACGUACCGAUUGACAGACGAUAGCAUCGUUUGUUGGGUACAGGCUACAAUUGGCAAAGCUGGCUGGGAACUUCCGCCGGCGGAGGUUGACAUGCCGAGGGAUACGUUGCGGUGUCAAUUUUUCACCAAGUUUCUUCUCGCCGGUGCCGUCUAUCCUAAGCUGAAGCAGUUUAGAAAAUCGCUCCUUUCAUCGCCGGAAUCAGUGCUGAAAUCGUUUUCCUCAUCGAUUCCCCGGAUUACCAACUUCGUCCGGACGCUACAGCAAAACGAAGUCUACGACAGGAGCCGCUUGGAGGAACUUUGGAAAGCGGAAAAGAACUUUCUACUGUCAGAGUAUCAGCAAUUUCUGCCCGUAUCAUGUCAUUCGGAUGUUGAGAAAAUGUGGCCACCCCUGGACUGAAAGGUAAGGUUGAAUUGUUUACUGUAGAUAAAUGUUUUUCUACUGAUAA